AUGGUGAACACGGUGAACGCCCCGCCCGGGACCACGGGCCAGAUCCACGGGUCGAUCACGGCCGUGAUGCGCGCCUUCGGGGCCGCCGCGCGGCCGCUCUACCUCCCCGACGCGAGCGCCGGCCCCGCGACCGCCGACUGCGCCUCCCUGGUGGUGUACCUCGACGUCACCAAGGGGUUCAACGCGGUGGUGUCCCGCGAGCGCCUGGCAGCCUACACCGUGGAGGCGCUGCAGGGGUUCAGCACGUGGGUGCCCCUGGCGCCGCCGUGCGCCGCGCCGGUGGUUUCUACGCAGACGUCGACCGGCUGCAUCCACGGCCUGAGCGUGGGCGCCAUGGUGGUGGACGUGGUGGACUGGGUCCGCAGCCCGCCCCGGCAGGUGAGGUUCCGGUGCCUGGAGUCGCUCGCGGACCCCGUCAGCCUCCGGAGCUUCGCGGUGGCAGAGGUGGACCUGCCGUCGGAGCUGUGGGCGAAAAGCGAGACCCGCGGCCUGGCUGCGGCUAGAGUCCAGGCUCCCGCUGGCGCCGCCGGCGCGGGCGCCGUGGGCGCGGGCGCGGGCAGCGCCUCCGCGAGCUCCUCGUCGGCCGCGGCGGCGCCCGCCGCCGCGGCGCCGCCCGCCUCAGCCGAGCGCCGGGCUCGCGAGGGUCGCGAGAGGCGGCGCGCGGAGCCGCUGUGGACGCCGCUGGCGGAGCUGGCGAGGGGCGAGUACGAGAGUGCGAAGGUGCCGGGGGAGAUGCUGAAGAGCAGCCACGCUGGUCUCGAGAAGGGGCAGGUGCCGGCUGCAUGA